AUGGCGAUGCUGGAUCGCUCUCUCUCGGUCUCCCCUUUUUCUUCCUCCGCCGCUGGACACGCAGGCCCUGGUCUUGGAGUUCAUCGCGAGAGGGUCUCCGUCGAGGAUCUCCGGGCCUACCAACGACCUCGACCGAUCUCUCCUUCCCCUUCCGGCGAAAUGGGUGAUGAUUGUUGUUCUACCCAACUCAUUGAUGGAGAUGGUGUAUUCAAUGUUGCUGGUAUUGAAAGCUUUAUGAAGACAGCAAAGCUGGCUGAAUGUGGGUUGUCUUAUGCAAUGGUCUCGAUAAUGGGCCCUCAAAGUAGUGGGAAGAGCACUCUUUUGAAUUACUUGUUCCAUACUAACUUUAGGGAAAUGGAUGCUCUGAGAGGAAGGUCACAAACAACUAAAGGAAUUUGGUUGGCAAGGUGUGCCAACAUUGAGCCAUCUACACUUGUAAUGGAUUUGGAGGGCACUGACGGAAGAGAGCGAGGAGAGGAUGAUACUGCAUUUGAGAAGCAGAGUGCCCUGUUUGCUUUGGCUAUUUCGGACAUAGUUCUCAUAAAUAUGUGGUGUCAUGAUAUUGGCCGAGAACAGGCUGCCAAUAAGCCUCUUUUAAAGACAGUAUUCCAGGUCAUGAUGCGUUUGUUUAGUCCUCGUAAAACAACAUUAUUAUUUGUUAUACGUGAUAAAACUAAGACUCCUCUGGAAAAUUUGGAACCUGUUCUGAGGGAAGACAUUCAAAAGAUAUGGGAUUCUGUUCCAAAACCACAAGCUCACACAGAAACUCCACUUAGUGAAUUUUUUAAUGUUGAAGUUGUGGCUCUUUCAAGUUAUGAAGAGAAAGAAGAGCUAUUCAAAGAACAGGUUGCAACUUUAAGGCAAAGAUUUUUUCAUUCUAUUGCUCCUGGUGGACUUGCUGGGGAUCGCCGUGGUGUUGUUCCUGCUUCAGGAUUUUCAUUUAGUGCACAACAGAUCUGGAAAGUUAUAAAGGAGAAUAAGGACCUUGAUUUGCCUGCACACAAGGUUAUGGUAGCCACUGUACGCUGUGAAGAAAUUGCUGAUGACAAGCUCGUUUAUAUAAGAGCUGAUGAGGAGUGGCUUCAACUUGAAGAGGCUGUUCAGCUUGAUAUAGUACCAGGGUUUGGGAAGAAGCUUACUGCGAUCUUGGACAAGUACUUAUCUGGGUAUGAUAUGGAAGCUAUUUAUUUUGAUGAAGUUGUCAGAACUGCAAAGAGACAGCAACUUGAAUCAAAACUUUUGGAGAUGGUCCAUCCUGCUUACCAAUCUAUGCUGGGGCAUCUACGGUCUAAAACUCUUGAUGAUUUUAAGGAGGCUUUUCAUAAGGCUCUGGAAAGAGGAGAGGGAUUUGCUGUUGCUGCGCGUGCCUGUAUUCAAUCUUUCGUGUUAAAAUUUGAGAAAGGCUGUGAAGAUGCAGCUAUUGAACAAGCAAAAUGGGACCCUUCCAAGGUUCGGGAUAAGCUUCGGCGUGAUAUUGAUGCAUAUGUUGCUUCAGUUCGUGCUGCAAGACUAUCUGAACUCAGUGCCCAAUAUGAGGGACAGCUGAAUACCGCUCUUAUAGAACCUGUGGAAGCUCUCCUUGAUGCAGCUAGUGAUGAUACCUGGCCAGCAAUAAGAAAACUUCUCCAGCGUGAAACUAAGUCAGCUAUCUCUGGUUUUUCUUCUUCCCUCUCAGCAUUUGAUAUUGACCAGGCAACUACAGAUAAAAUGCUAGCGAAGCUGGAGGAGUAUGCUAGAAAUGUUGUUGAAUCUAAGGCUAAAGAAGAAGCUGGAAGGGUCUUGAUUCGUAUGAAGGACAGGUUUGCAACAUUAUUCAGUCGUGACUCUGACUCAAUGCCUAGAGUUUGGACAGGGAAGGAAGACAUAAGAGCAAUUACAAAAACUGCUCGUUCUGCAUCCUUGAAGUUGCUUUCUGUAAUGGCUGCAAUUCGUUUGGACGAUGAGACUGAUAACAUCGAGAAUACACUCUCACUUGCUCUGGUGGAUACUGCUAAGAGUGGCAAUGCAAAUAGAAGCAUCCAAUCAUCUGAUCCACUGGCUUCAAGCUCAUGGGAAGAGGUUCAACCAACAAAAACUUUGAUUACACCAGUCCAAUGCAAGUCUUUGUGGAGACAAUUCAAAGCAGAAACUGAGUAUACUGUAACUCAAGCCAUUUCUGCUCAGGAGGCCAAUAAGCGUAGCAACAAUUGGUUACCCCCUCCAUGGGCGAUAGUUGCCAUUCUUGUGUUGGGAUUCAAUGAAUUUAUGACACUUCUAAGAAAUCCUCUUUACCUUGCUGUGAUAUUCGUUGCCUUUCUAGUGGGCAAGGCCAUCUGGGUCCAGCUAGAUAUCUCAGGCGAAUUCCGAAAUGGCGCUCUCCCUGGUCUCCUAUCCUUGUCCACGAAGUUUCUUCCGACGGUGAUGAACAUCCUAAAGAGGCUAGCGGAUGAGGGCCAAAGACCUGCAGCUCCAGAAACCCGGAGGAACCCGGAACUUGAUUCAAAAAGCUUUAGGAAUGGCGUAUAUCAUAAUUCAACAUCUGAUGCGUCUUCAAAUAUAUCCUCAUCGGAGAGUGGGGCAGAGUACUCGAGCCCAUUAACACAAUGAUUAGAAUGAAGGAUAUCCAUCAGAAUAUAUAUCCCAUUUGUUGUGUUUGACUCUGGUUUUUUUAGAAUUUUGGCCAACUGCAGGAGUCUCUCGUUUUGCUGAGAUGCCCUUUUCCCAAGUUAGAGUUGGAGCUAAGAAAUGUAUUUAGAUUGUGUGAUUGUGAGUGUAUGAUACACUUGGCUGUACGCGAUAAAAUUGGAUGUUAGUUUUCACCCUUUUUUCUUAAUUUAUAGAUUUUUUUCUUUUUUUUUUGGUUUAGGGUUAUACUUUGCCAAGAAAGGACCGCAUAACAAAUAAUUUUAUUUUUUUUAUUUUGCUUUGUUUUUCUGUUUUAUAUGUUUACCUGGGUAAUGAUAGAUGUGUUAAGCUGAUUUGGUUUC